GGGAACCUGCAGCCGUCCAGACUCCCAAUUCCCAUCAGCGCCAGCCAGCAUGGUUGAUGGUCUGGAGUGAUGGGAACUAGUUCAGGGACAUCUGGAGGACCACAAGUUCACCACCUUCGAUGUAGGGCUUCCCAUCACCUCAUAUAUUGAUGCUGUAGUUUAUGCUGUUGGUAGUCUUAUGGGUGUGGGGCCUCUGGUACCAUGACAAAUGGUGUUGGUGCUGGGGAACUGUUGGACGCUGAACCUUGAACCAUUCCCUAACUCAUGCAUUGAAAAAUUCUUCAAAACAAUUCUUAGACUGCAGGGAUUAGAGCACUGUGUUGUUACAGGUGAAGUUGCUGCUUUGGUCUUGGUGGCAGUUCUUUGGGGAGGAACCAAUCCAUUUUUGAAAAGAGGAACUGAGGGUCUGGAGCGAGUGAAGAGAGAGAGCAGAACUCUACAGCUGCUGGCAGAAAUUAAAUUCCUUUGUCUCAAUUACAAGUACGUGGUGCCAUUUGUGCUCAACCAGUGUGGCUCUUUUGUCUACUAUCUUACUUUAGCAUCUACAGACCUGACCUUGGCUGUACCUCUUUGUAACUCUCUGGCUCUGAUGUUCACCUUAGUAACGGGGAAGGUUCUUGGAGAAGACAUUGGUGGUGCAAGGGCAGCACUGGGAAUGCUACUGACAGCUUUGGGAGUUGCACUCUGCAUAGCUGGGUCUGUACAUGAGACAUCAUGAGAACCGUCUUGGAAGAAGGGCAGAAUCUGUGGAAGGCAACAGUUCUCCAUGCUAAUGCUGGCUCUGCUCAUAGGACACACACACACAGCAUCUUUGGAGGCACCCAGUGGACUCUGCACAAGCUUAGAGAUGUCAAGGCCUGAAGGAAAAGCAUUGUCUUCCUUAACCUCUAGCCCCACUGGUUGGCAGUGGGCCCUGGGUGGCGUGACUUGGCAUUGGGAUGCUCCUGCCAGCCUGUCCACAGCAGAACCCUUGAGAGUUCUGGGGGUGCCUUCACAUUAAUGGUGCAAUAAGGAGCAUUUUCAACUUGGGCAGGGUUUGUUCAAAGUGCUUAAGAGAGCAAUUUUCUGCAAAAGUGAACUAAAAGUGCAGGCAUUCCUGCUAGUGCACAUGCAGAGCUGUGAGGCAGGGCGACAGUGGAAGUGUUGAACUGUAAAGCCCCAAACAGCAUCAUGUGAUGGACUGCUUAGGCCUCUGCGAAGUUGCCUAACCACUGAAAUUGGCUUUGGCAGCCCUGCUCUUUGGCCCAUAAUUAGUUAAGAUCAGAAGGGCAUGCAGAAAGACUAGGCUGGAGGACAAUAUGUUGAGAAAAUCUUGUCUAGGUUAAUGCCUAGAAUUUUUCUGUGGCUUUACUCUUAUUUUAAUUGUUUCUUAAUCAUAGUAUAAGCCAUCAUAGAAAGUUGUUACCUGGACAGGUGAUGUGUAAAUGAUUGUAAACAAAU